CUAUUCUUCGGUCGUAUGGAUCGAUGAUCCAUUCUUUAUCAAACGUCAACGUGUUCAAAUGGCUUGCUCUUUCUGUCGUCAUCGAAAAAUUAGAUGCGAUGGUAGAAAUCCUUGCGCAAAUUGCAAGAAAUAUUCUACCAGUUGUACUUAUGUAAAAAUUGAAAAGACUACUCGCAAUAAAAAUAGAGAUAAAGAAACGAUAGAAAAUACUAAUCAUAACAAUGCCAUGACGCGUGGUAACUCUUCUGGAAAUACUCAGAUUUCUACUAGUUCUAAUGACUCUUCCAUUUUCGGUAUACAAACAUCUCAUGGAAAGCGUCCUUUAGAUGAUGUCACGGAACAUCAAACUUUACCUCCAGCUCUUCGUCGUAAUCCUACUUCCCAAGGAAUGUUUUCGGCACCUUCUCCUCAAU